UCUUAAGCUGUCCAUUAGUAGAAGAGCAAGAGAGCCUUGGAUGUCAACGCCUCGCUCUUGAGACCAGCCACCAAACCACGAAAAGUGACUUUCUUCUCGUGUGCUCUCUACGGCCCUUCUGAUGGAAGCAGAAACAGGGAGCAGCGUGGAGACUGGAAAGAAGGCCAACAGAGGCACUCGAAUUGCCCUGGUCGUGUUUGUCGGUGGCACCCUAGUUCUGGGCACGAUCCUCUUUCUAGUGAGUCAAGGUCUCUUAAGUCUCCAAGCUAAACAGGAGUACUGCCUGAAGCCAGAAUGCAUCGAAGCGGCUGCUGCCAUCUUAAGUAAAGUAAAUCUGUCUGUGGAUCCUUGUGAUAAUUUCUUCCGGUUCGCUUGUGAUGGCUGGAUAAGCAAUAAUCCAAUUCCCGAAGAUAUGCCAAGCUAUGGGGUUUAUCCUUGGCUGAGACAUAAUGUUGACCUCAAGUUGAAGGAACUUUUGGAGAAAUCAAUCAGUAGAAGGCGGGACACCGAAGCCAUACAGAAAGCCAAAAUCCUUUAUUCAUCCUGCAUGAAUGAGAAAGCGAUUGAAAAAGCAGAUGCCAAGCCACUGCUACACAUCCUACGGCAUUCACCUUUCCGCUGGCCCGUGCUUGAAUCUAAUAUUGGCCCUGAAGGGGUUUGGUCAGAGAGAAAGUUCAGCCUUCUGCAGACACUUGCAACGUUUCGUGGUCAAUACAGCAAUUCUGUGUUCAUCCGUUUGUAUGUGUCCCCUGAUGACAAAGCAUCCAAUGAACAUAUCUUGAAGCUGGACCAAGCAACACUCUCCCUGGCCGUGAGGGAAGACUACCUUGAUAACAGUACAGAAGCCAAGUCUUAUCGGGAUGCCCUUUACAAGUUCAUGGUGGAUACUGCCGUGCUUUUAGGAGCUAACAGUUCCAGAGCAGAGCAUGACAUGAAGUCAGUGCUCAGAUUGGAAAUUAAGAUAGCUGAGAUAAUGAUUCCACAUGAAAACCGAACCAGCGAGGCCAUGUACAACAAAAUGAACAUUUCUGAACUGAGUGCUAUGAUUCCCCAGUUCGACUGGCUGGGCUACAUCAAGAAGGUCAUUGACACCAGACUCUACCCCCAUCUGAAAGACAUCAGCGCCUCCGAGAAUGUGGUGGUCCGCGUCCCGCAGUACUUUAAAGAUUUGUUUAGGAUAUUAGGGUCUGAGAGAAAGAAGACCAUUGCCAACUAUUUGGUGUGGAGAAUGGUUUAUUCCAGAAUUCCAAACCUUAGCAGGCGCUUUCAGUAUAGAUGGCUGGAAUUCUCAAGGGUAAUCCAGGGGACCACAACUUUGCUGCCUCAAUGGGACAAAUGUGUAAACUUUAUUGAAAGUGCCCUCCCUUAUGUUGUUGGAAAGAUGUUUGUAGAUGUGUACUUCCAGGAAGAUAAGAAGGAAAUGAUGGAGGAAUUGAUUGAGGGCGUUCGCUGGGCCUUUAUUGACAUGCUAGAGAAAGAAAAUGAGUGGAUGGAUGCAGGAACGAAAAGGAAAGCCAAAGAAAAGGCGAGAGCUGUUUUGGCAAAAGUUGGCUAUCCAGAGUUUAUAAUGAAUGAUACUCAUGUUAAUGAAGACCUCAAAGCCAUCAAGUUUUCAGAAGCCGACUACUUUGGCAACGUCCUACAAACUCGCAAGUAUUUAGCACAGUCUGAUUUCUUCUGGCUAAGAAAAGCCGUUCCAAAAACAGAGUGGUUUACAAAUCCAACGACUGUCAAUGCCUUCUACAGUGCAUCCACCAACCAGAUCCGAUUUCCAGCAGGAGAGCUCCAGAAGCCUUUCUUUUGGGGAACAGAAUAUCCUCGAUCUCUGAGUUAUGGUGCUAUAGGAGUAAUUGUCGGACAUGAAUUUACACACGGAUUUGAUAAUAAUGGUAGAAAAUAUGAUAAAAAUGGAAACCUGGAUCCUUGGUGGUCUACUGAAUCAGAAGAAAAGUUUAAGGAAAAAACAAAAUGCAUGAUUAACCAGUAUAGCAACUAUUAUUGGAAGAAAGCUGGCUUAAAUGUCAAGGGGAAGAGGACCCUGGGAGAAAAUAUUGCUGAUAAUGGAGGCCUGCGGGAAGCUUUUAGGGCUUACAGGAAAUGGAUAAAUGACAGAAGGCAGGGACUUGAGGAGCCUCUUCUACCAGGCAUCACAUUCACCAACAACCAGCUCUUCUUCCUGAGUUAUGCUCACGUGAGGUGCAAUUCCUACAGACCAGAAGCUGCCCGAGAACAAGUCCAAAUUGGUGCUCACAGUCCCCCUCAGUUUAGGGUCAAUGGUGCAAUUAGUAACUUUGAAGAAUUCCAGAAAGCUUUUAACUGUCCACCCAAUUCCACGAUGAACAGAGGCAUGGACUCCUGCCGACUCUGGUAGCUGGGACGCUGGUUUAUGGCAUCCUGAGACAGUUGCACAGUGCCAGCAGAGGCUGCACUGAGCCUUCAUCGCCCAUUGCUUUAGGCCUGGAGACUUUCAUUUUUAGUGCAUUUUCAUUAUUUGGGUAGGUGACCUGCUUGGAUCUAGACAGUAUCUGUUCAAAGUUGUAGGGCUUAUAAAGUGGAAUAUAAGAAUGAACUAAGUAUGUUUCUUUAGAAAAUCAAACCAACAAAAAUAAAUCCCUAGGCUACUUUUGUUAAAAUGCUCUCUGCUAAAUUGUUGCUAUUGUCCAUUUUAGUGUGUUAGCCACAGUUAUGUGGUCCAUAGCAUUUCAAUCUAUAGCUUUGUGGGAAGCCUAAAUUGAUGUAUCCUUUAAAAGUUCAAUCUAUUAAACUUGUAGCCUCUCAA